ACCGCCACAACACCGCACACGAUGAGUAAACCGACGAAGAACAUCAUCAUCGGAUGCACCGGAAGUGUGGCCACGAUUAAGCUGCCCGCCCUCAUCAAGUUACUCCUAGAUAGCGAAUCACCUUAUAAAUUUGUGAUUAAAAUAAUCGUUACAGAACGUGCUAAACAUUUUUUCGACUCCAAGGACAUACCACUCGGCAUACAAAUUUUCACAGACGAUGACGAAUGGAAGAUGUGGGAUAAACGAGGUGAUCCGGUGCUUCAUAUUGAAUUAGGCAAAUGGGCGGAUUUAAUGGUUAUAGCACCGCUCGACGCUAAUUCCCUUGCAAAAAUGGCAACGGGACUAUGUGAUAAUCUACUCUUAUGCACAGCACGUGCCUGGGAUCUAUCCAAACCGUUUUUAUUCUGUCCGGCCAUGAACACCCGCAUGUACGAUCAUCCUGUAACCGAAGAGCACAUUGAGAAAUUGAAGAAAUGGGGCCUUCGUGAAGUGGCGUGUAUUACGAAAACGCUGAUGUGCGGGGAGACUGGUAACGGUGCGAUGGCCGAAGUGCAAACUAUUUGUCAGGAUAUUGUCAAUUGUUUCUCAUGAAAUUAUUGUUUAAUAUACAUUAUUAUGCCAUCAUUGUCAUUGUGUUACUAUGUACUAAUAGAAUUGUAUUCUGCGGUAGCGUUUAGUUGAGGAUCAUUGAUUCCAAUGGCUCCUUUCAAUCCGCAUACAUGCCUCCAUAUGUUUGUUCAAUUGCGCUUUAUUUACACCAAUAUAUAGUUUCAUAUGCAUCGCCUGCAGAGGAAGGUCGGGGAAAAUAUCGUUACUACUAUCAUUCACUUCAUUGCAACUGUUUUUUUCCUGUACCGUAUUAUUAUAUUUUGAUAUUUAACUAGGAGCGAAAAUGAGAAAAGACGUUUUGUUGCAUGCUAAAGUGGGAAUCCUUUGAAACUGAUGAAAAUGUAGAUUUUAUAAUUUUGGAACGAAAAGACUAGAUGAAACAAAAAUUUUUCUAUGUUUUUUGCAUUUCGGCUAGGGAAAGGCAAAAAUGUGAAUUUAGUCAUUUUUGAUUGGUUGACGUGUUUUUAAAUAAUACAAACCUUUGUUAUCUUACGAAAUUGAAUUGUAGACUUAGGUGCGCUUUUCAGGUAACGUUUUAAUAUACAUAUACAUAUAUGAGAAAACAUUACUUAUACUAAAAUGUAUGAUUAUUAAAUGAUAUAAAUUAUAUAAAUACGAAUAAAGAAUAGCAGCAAAAGCAA